AUUCCACUCAAUCUAUUUUUAGAGGAAAGUUUCACAAAUUACGCAAUUCAAUGUACGAAACCGUACAGGCGAUAUGUCAUAUUUAGAGUUAGAUAGAUAUGCCAUGCUGGGAGAUAAAGAGAGACAGAUUGGCAGGUGUUAUAGAGAUGGCGAGGAACGUGUAAAAACACGAUUAAAGGAACAACAUGACAAUCUACUGCAGAUUAUCGUGGGGUACAUUGAUUGGAGUGACAAUAUAUUCAACAGUUGGAAGUGGUAUUGUAGAAGAAUUAUCAAAAGUGAAUUUUCUGUAUUAAAAGAAAAAAAAGUGUUUGAAGAUUUUGAACGAUUGGAAGCAGAGGGGUUGCUGUCUCCGGGCAACUAUGAAACACUAAAGGACUUCUUCACCAAUUCCGAAAAAAACGUAAAAGCAUUAGAACUCAUCGAUGAGAAAGUGAAUGACAUGUAUUUGUCAGUCAAAGGUAUACCAAUAUUUAUGCCAUACUGGAACGUAGAAUACGAAAUAUACAACACCGUUGAAGAUAUUCGGUAUAUAUUCAACCUCAUAAAGUUUCAUUACUCGAAUUCAAGGAGAAUUUUGGAAGAUGGAGUCAUGUUCGGUGCCCCCAUACCGGAACCAACUUUGCCUUCUACCAGUAUGAUGGAUCAAUCUUCGAUAGAUUCAAGUUCUUCUGAGGAAGAGUGGACAACCUUUAAUGGAAGCAAGUGCAUAUAUGGAAAUCACGACACCAAGCAGAAUUUCUUUAUCAGUGAAAAUGGCAGUAUCAUUAAAGGUCGGGGAUGGGAGAAAGUCCGAGAAUCUGAAAAUGGACUAAACUUUUGCUUUCUGGGAUUGGAAACCUACAAAACUGGACAUCUCACUCAAAAGGCGCUGGAUGCUGCAACAUAUCUGCUGCAAUUUGGUUUGGCUAAUGGCCUAAUUGCGAAAGAUUAUGAUAUCAUAUCAUUUCCCACUCCUGUGAGCGAAAAGCGUUCAAAUCAUUUCACAGAAAAGCAGAAUAGCAAACGACAGCGAAUAUAUAACAAAUAGCUUGUAAAGCAGCAGCAAUGAAAGUGCAAUGAUCUGACUUGUGAAUUCCUUACAACUUACAAGUGGUAGAGUAUAAGUACAGUUUAUGCGUGUUCUACGCAACGCGGUGGAACAAAUUUGCCCCAAACACGGUGGACCUUUAAAAUUGUCGGCACCUUUGAAGUCCUAUUUCUUCCGCGCGAGCUAGACAUUGAAGUCAACGGAGGAUCUCCGUGUAUGCCACCGCCCAUCUCCGUGGAUGUCACCUGUACCUCUGUCGAUGCCACCGUGUACCUCCGUGUGAUAAAACAAGAAAUAAUUUCCGAAAUGAUUCACCCAAAAAACCUAUUCUCUUGGCCAGCAUGCAUGCCCCCCUACUCCAUUCAUUAUUUAGAAAUUAGCUAUAAAUCAUUCAAUUCUUUUAAUUGUUGUUUAAUGAUACGUUGGUAUUUUGGGUACAUAUCCGUAUGUAGACUUCCCUGCAGACGUUCACACCUUUUUAUGAAACACCCAAAUUCUCGACAUCCUGUAUAUUGUAUUGUAUUGUAUUGUUUAUUGGCUUUAAGCCUUACGGCUCAUCAGCAUAAUACAUAUUCAAUUACAAAGUAUAAACAAAAAAAGAUGUAUACAGUAUGAAAAGUGGAGUGGAUAUUAGAGGAUGGACAUACAUGAAGAGAGUUAUAAGACAAGUUUACAUAAAAAAGAAACCAACAAAAACCAGCAUAUACAUUAGACGAUAGUUUGGCUAGAUCGUAAGAGUAAAGCACCUUUUAAAAAUUUACCCAGAUUACAGAGUUGUUUUCUAUUAUGAAUUGACAUCAAUUGUACCAGUUUAAACAUAGAAGCAUGCGACCAAUAAUAUUUUUUUAUAUAUGCAGAUCUGAGGUUUUUGUACAAAGGACAUAUUGAAAUAAAAUGAUAUUCGUCCUCAA